GUAAAUAUGGCAGGGGCGCCUGUGACAGGUUAUUAAGAGAAGCGUGCAUGGGCGUGGCUAGGCAGUGACGCUCGGUUGCCAUAGAAACAGAACGGCAUCACCGGGAAAGGGCCGUAGUGAGACAGCGGAGCCCCGACUGCCAUGUUGCAGCAUCUAUACCAGCGUUAGAGGCAGAUGUCUGUCAGUGCAGUCGCUGUCCCAUUCAUUCCUUAUUAGCCCUCACCCGCCUGUCCCUGGGUGUCUGCCCCAGACUUGGGCACUUGGGGACGUUCCCUAUAGCCCCUCAGAGCUCGUCUGUGAAUAUUUGCCCUCAGCGGUGCAUUAUAUUAUCCCAACGCAGAGUUUUUAGGAGAGGGAGCUGCCAUUGACACUGGACUGCUUUGCUCCUCCCCUCACCCGAGAAGCUCACAAUCUUUCUGACCCUGGGGAAGUUCGCCCCCUAUUCGAAAUAUUCAUUUUAAUUCCCUGAGGGACAAAUAGGACAGAAUGUGCCAGUGACCCCGAGUCUGUAGCUGAAGGUUUAUUAGUGGAUAGGCUUUAUUUACCCCAUCGGCCCCAAGUGGGGCCACUAACAGCAAAACAUCCUCCUGCCACACAGUUUUGGACUCCAGUCACUAUAGGUACCGCCCCCUGCCCCUGUGUUUGCCCCACUAGCCAACAUGUUGCCUGGCAGUAUCCAGAUGUCGGGGGAGAUGCUGUCGGGUGCUGAGGUUAAAGGGGUGUGUGAGGGGCUGAUGGAGGGCACCGUGCGCCUUCUUUCCUUGCGAGGGUGUCACUUAUCUGAUAGAGACUUUGCCCGUCUCUGCCAGGGUGUCUCUCAGUCCCCUUCACUGGUGCAGCUGAAUCUUAACCUUGGGGUUGUAUCCAGUGCGACCCGGGUCCAGCAGCUGGCACACUCUCUACAUGCCAACCGCUCGCUGCAGUCUCUCUUCCUCCAUGGCAACCCCCUGAUGGACACGGGAUUGGCCCUCCUUAAUCCUGCACUGGCCAGGCACCCAUCACUGAUGUCUCUGGAUCUCGGGGACUGCUUGCUUGGAGAUGAGGGAAUUAGUCUGAUCUGUGGUCUCCUGCCUCCUGAUGGGGCCAAACCAGGGCUACGAGAACUCACUCUCUCUGCUAAUCCGGCUAUCACCUGCCUGGGCUGGGCACGCUUGGCUAUUGCAGUGGCCCACAGUUCCCAAGUGCGCACUCUGAACAUGGAUUAUAAUCCAUUGGGGGAUCACAUUGCAUCUAUGUUAGCUGUGUGUGUGGCUUCCAGUCGAACUUUGGAGGUCCUGGAUUUGGAAGGGACGGGACUGACCAAUAAAUCUGCUCAGAUUCUACUUGACAUGGUGCAGAAUUAUCCGACCCCUCUGAAAUCCCUUGUUCUGUCAGAGAAUGACAUCAGCUUGGACCUGCAGCAGCAAAUUGCUGACCUGCUCGCUGAAGGGGAGGAAGAGGAAGAGUACCAUGGGCAAGUUCUAGAACAGCCAGUGAGGGAAAAGGGACUCAGGCACUCUCAAGGUUCUGCUCCUCACAGGGUUCUCCUGAGCUCAGGCCUAGGUGACAGCCUGCUUGCAGAGACAGAGAUGUGAUCCAUGCAGCAGAAUAAAGGCACACUGAUGCACGUAGCACUAAGGCUUCCACGUUCCCACAGAACUCGCCAAUAGCACAAGUCUGUACCAAGCACAGCUAGGGAGAUGCCACAGCAACGGGAAGUCACUCUCCCUUUGCUCAAUGCUAAACAACACAUAAUAUUCCCAGAUACAAAAAAUGCACAAAAGGCAGCAUUCUUCCCCAAAAUGUUUCUAUACCAGUCAGCAAGUUACAAAUCCACUGAAAUGACAAGUAGAUUGCACGUGAUCAAGUGGCACUUAGCGACCACGGAUGACCCAUUGUGGUACCAACUUGGACAGUGGAUCCACUCACCGAUCCCACUUGAUAAUCCAAUAUGUGAAUUAUAUGAGGAAGAGGAAGGUCCUUGAUCUUUCUGUGAUUUUACCAAAGUCUUGUAUCUCUUAUAACCCUGUAUGGGGGCUCUGAAUGCUCAGCACCCACACCAAGGGCAAAAUGCAAUGUUUUUAUUACCAGAGAAUUAUAACAAAAAAUAGAGAUUUUAACUCAAGAUUUUAUUUCACCCACUAAGUGCUCCAUGGCUGUUGGUUCCACCCAGCAGAUACAGGGAGGGCAGAUAAGAGCCUGCCCAUUGGCUUCUAUGUGUGUAGAGGGACAGCACAGGGUAGCCCUUUGCACAGACAGAUGAUUUGGAGAUCUGAUGUAUUGUAAAAGCACAAGCAUGGCAAUAAAGUUUAUUGCAAAUCAGA